AUGGAUAAUAUGAAUCUAUCGGACGACUUUUUACGAUGUCCAAUAACAUUGGAAUUAUUUAAUGAGCCAGUCUCGGCACCAGAUGGUCAUACCUAUGAGAAACACGCUAUCGAACAAUGGAUUAGAAAUCAUGGAAACAGUCCUAUGACACGUCAACCAAUUUCAAUGAAAGAUUUAAUACCUAAUCGCACCAUCUUAUCUGCAGUCAAUAGUUUUGAAACAAUACUACGUCAAAAGAAUUUUCAAUUUACAUUAGAUGUUGACAUAAGAAAAAAGGGUAGACGACCAUUAUUUCAAGCAACUGGUAAAACAAUCUAUGGCGCAGAAUGGUUAACAGCUAACGAUCAACGACCUGAAAUAGUUUUAUUGAAAAUAGAUGGUGCUCGAGCAAGAAAAGAAGCAUCAUUUUAUGUCAAUUUAAGUCGUCAUCCAAAUAUCAUACGAACAUUUGGUUUUGUCUAUGAUCCAAAUAUUCCUGAUCAAGAAAAUACAGUUAUACUUUUACAAGAAUAUGCAUCUGAAGGAAGUUUAUACGAUUUGUUGCAAGAUCGAAGAAUUGUUCCCGAUGAAAAAAUACUUAUUUACCUAUUUUUGCAGAUUAUCGAAGGAAUGAUUUGUUUGGCAUCGAAUAAUGUUGUUCAUGGUGAUCUGGCAUGUCGUAAUGUUUUGAUCUUUCGUUUUGAUGAAAACGAACCAGAGAGAAAUGUUGUGAAAAUUACCGAUUUCGGUCUGAGUCGGCAUAAUCAACUAUAUUCGAGAGCACCAGGUGCAGCAAGAACAACACUAGACAUUUGUCCUGUUCGUUAUGCAGCACCAGAAAUACUUGCCUCAUUUAAAACAUCAGUAAAUUAUACAGAAAAAUCAGAUAUUUAUUCCAUGGGUGUAUUAAUGUGGGAAACAUAUUGUCGAGGUUCAGUACCAUGGACAAAUAUUGAACGAGAUGAAGAUGUUAUACAACGAGUAAGAAAUGGAGAAAUCUUGCCUCAACCAUCCAAUUGUACUCAACCUUAUUGGUCAAUCAUUAAAGAAACAUGGGCUAUAUCACCAGAAGAUCGUCCGACAUUCAAUGAAUUGAAACAUCGUCUCUUCAGGCAAUAUUACCGUGAAGGAGUAAUCGAUGUACCGAGGAAUAUAAACACACAAAAUUUUGCUCGAUACACCGAUGAUUGCACUAAAAUACCAAAACAAACAGCUCAAUAUCAACAAAUAGAACGACCAGCAACAGUUACACGACCGGAUCGUCAACAUCACUUGAAUUGUCGUGGUCGUCUUUGUUCCACGUGUGGCAAAUGUCGUGAUUGGUAUCUUAAUUGUGGAUCUCCUCGAAAGCGUAAGAGUGGAUCUUGUAAUGCCUAUAAGAUGGAUAUUCUUACCGCUUGUCAACUUAUGGUUGUUGGAAUCACUACAGAUAUGCGUCCUUUACAGGAUAAACAUAUGUGUCUUUGUAUCGAUAAUAGAAGUUGA